AAAUUCAAGUUCGAUUUUGGAAAUUCAAAUGUAAAUAAAUAUAUUGUUAGAGUAAACCAGAGUUUCAAAUAACUUUUAACUAAGUUUGUAUUUCUGUUUGUUCUUCCUUCUGUUGAAUAAAUUAAGAAAAUAAGUAAUAUAAUGGCCUCCAAAGAAGCAGGUGAAAAAAAUAAGGGAGGUCAAGGUGGUGGUGACAACAAGGAAAAGCGAAGAAAAGAGUCUAUUCUAGAUCUCAGCAAGUAUCUAGAAAAAAGUAUAAGAGUUAAGUUUGCCGGGGGUCGUGAGGCGGCAGGAAUUCUAAAAGGAUACGAUCCCUUGUUAAACUUAGUUUUAGAUAAUACUACAGAAUAUUUAAGAGACCCUGAUGACCCUUAUAAGUUAUUGGAAGAUACCAGAGCAUUAGGUCUAGUUGUGUGCCGAGGAACAUCAGUAGUCCUUAUAUGUCCAAUGGAUGGAAUGGAAGCUAUCCCGAACCCUUUCAUUGCACAGGAAUAAUAUUAACUUAAUAAGUAAUUUAAAUUUAAGGAAAUAAAUAUAAGAUUACAAUAAAUUAUGCUAUUUUUAUAGCAAAAUUAUAAA